AUGCCACCUCCUAAAGAUGGUCGAGGAGUUGGAGGUGGAAGCCUUAUGGAUACAUCUAGGGGAGUUACUCCGAGAGGAGCCCCAGGGGGAAGGGGACAAGCGAGAGAUGCCUCGCAGGGAGGCCAGAUAUUCGCCCUCGAACAUCUUGUGGACCCUGGUGCAACCCAUUCUUUUGUUAGCCCCACAUUUAUGUUUGGAAUUGAUGUGAAAGCCGAAAGGCUACCAUAUGACCCAGAAAUGAAAUCACCUACGGAUAACCAAUCUUUACUUGCCAACGAGAUGUAUAGGAACUGUGACAUUUGGGUUGGUGAGCAAAAAUUAGUAGUUGACCUUAUAAGUCUAGCCAUUAAGGAGUACGACGUUAUUUUAGGAAUGGAUUGGCUAGCUCAUUAUCAUGCUCGGGUAGAUUGUCGUAUGAAGGUGGUUGAGUUUUGCAUACCGGUUAACACCCUAGGAGAAAAGAGUAAGCUAGAAGAUACAGCGGUGAUAAAUGAAUAUCCAGACAUGUUCCCAGAGGAGUUGGUGUCUUUGCCACCUGAAAGAGAGAUUGAGUUUAAGAUUGAUUUAGCACCUAGAACUAAUCCCAUGUCAAAAAACCCUUAUCGAAUGGCACCCGUGGAACUUAAGGAGUUAAAAUUUCAAUUGCAAGACUUGCUAGAACCGGAAUUUAUAAAUGAGAGCGAGUCGCCAUGGGGCGCUCCAGUACUAUUUGUCAAAAAGAAGGACGAGCGUUGA